UCGUAGACAGACUGGGGAUUCUGUUGCUACCGAUGGCAGAGAAUGGUUGCUGCAUAAAGUCGAGCGCCAGCAACAAUAGCGGUCACUUUUGAACGAGCCGACUGUGUGAAAUAUAAGUCCUCGAUGAACGAACCCGAGUGAUUUUGCUUAUUCCGUAAAGGUUCUGUGCAGUGUUCUAACAAAGUUAACAAUGAAAAGUUUCACUUUAUUGCUCUAUUAUGCUCUGUUCGUGCUUCAUGCUGCUCGUGGCGAUGAAUGGAAUUAUCCUACACCUGGGUCAAAUGGUGUCAUGAGUGAACCAGAACGAUGGGGCGGUCAAUGUGACAAUGGUCGACGUCAGUCCCCUAUCGACCUAACAAUAGCAGCUGCGGUUCGUGGCCAGUUUGCCCCGUUAUUUUUCAGCAAUUACAUGCUGCCACUAAAACAACCACGCGUGACAAAUACCGGUCACUCAAUUCAGAUAAACAAUCGAGAUUCUGCCAUUACAAUGCAAGGAGGUGGAUUAGGUGGACGAUUUGUGCUUGAUCAAAUGCAUUUCCACUGGGGCUCUGAGCAUACUUUAGAUGACACACGCUACGGGCUCGAACUUCACUUAGUGCACCAUGAUACUCGUUAUGCGUCACUAGAAGAGGCUGUACAAGCGCGUAACGGAGUAGCCGUACUUGGAGUAUUGUUUCAUGUGAGUAGCCAGCCAAACAUGCACAUUGAUACUAUACUGGAUACAGCAACAGAAAUUCAGAACGAGGUUGGAAAAGAAGCACUACUAAGAGGAAAACUGUCCCCAUACAACUUAUUGCCAUCUAACCGUACUUCAUUUUAUCGAUACGAAGGCUCACUUACGACACCGGCCUGCGCUGAAUCAGUUAUUUGGACUGUGUUUACCGAAAGUAUUUCCGUGUCACUUGAACAGGUAGAAAGGUUCAAAGCUAUUCAUGAUCAAACCGGUCGGGAAUUAGUAAACAAUUUCCGGUCUGUACAACCAUUGAACACGCGAGCACUAGUUUAUGCGACUGAGUGGGAUCAACAAGGAAACAAUUUUGCAACAAAAAUGUCUUCAAAUUUUGUGUUUCUGGGAGCGAUAGUACUACUAGCCAUUACAUCCAAAUGCAGUUACCAUUGAAAAAAUGAAAUCCAAAGAAUUUACCAAAAGCAAUAUAAUUAUACAGUUUUAACGCUUUAAGGGCUUUAAGCAGCUCAAAAAUGGCUUACCAUUGAAAGUCGACAGACGAUCGAUUUGAAAUACAUAAAAGUUAAAUUUUCGUUAGAAAAAUUAAAA